AUGAAGCUGCCGUUCGGAAUUGUCCUGUCGGUUAUGCUCCUCCUGGGGCUAAUCUGCGCAAAGGAUAACCCCACCAAAGUGAUCACGAAAGAUAAGUACCGAAAUAAAUUUCGUAAACAUCACAAGAUACCCACCUUAAGUAACGACGCGGAUCGAAAUUUCCUUCAGAUGAAGUCUGCGCAUAUUUACAACCCGUCCUUAGCGUACAGAGACCUAUUCGAUAACAACGCAAUGGGAACCUCCACCAUUUAUUACAACCGCCUCAUGUGGGGGGCCAUUAUCUUCCUGAUCAUGUUCAUACUGGUGAGCACCAUAGGGGUGUUUCUGUACGUAAACAACUUGGAGAACAGCGCGCCGAAGAAGAGGCAUGUGAAGAACGCCACAAACUACUAUGUCGUCAAUCCGAUCGUGCCCUACGCUUAG